AAGCUUUUCUUUUGUCUUUAAUUUGGUGACAGUAGUGGAUGGUUGGUUUGACUUGACUUACUAUGGGUGCAGCAACAAUGUGGAUUUUAAGUUAUUGCUUCGCAGUACUUCUAGCCAUUGGUGCAUGUGAUCCUGGACCUAAUAAUCCCAGCAAGCGAUCGAUUUACAGUGCUGCAGUUAAAGGGGGCUAUGAUGCAGGAAGCUACAGUUCUCAGACUGGCUCUUCAGGCGUUCUCAUGACUGUUGAGAAAACAGGCUCCGAUUCUUCCACAAGCCAACUUCAGGGAUCUGAUGAUGAUUUGACUGGAAGUGGUAGUCUUGUUUAUGGUACUGUGGGAAAUGCAGUGAGUAUUGGCAUGUCUGGGAAUGAUGUGAGUCCGUCAACUAACGUCCAAGGAUCUGAAGUCAUCAGUUCUUCUGUCUUGAUGCCAUUGCAGCAAAGCAUUUCUGUUCCUAAGCCAGUGCUGCUAACUGCCCAAGUGCAGACUGUCCCCUAUUCCAACAGUCAGCAACCAGCAAGUUCUGAAACCAUAGCUCUGUCUAGCCCUCUGCAGUUGUCCCUGUCCAGUGGUCAACAACUACCACAGUCUGCAGUGCAUGCCGGUAGAAGACCCCAUAAGCCUCUGAGAGGUAAACCCCACCUAUCUGGUCCUAAUAUUGUUAUUGGUUCCAGACCAGUUCAAAAUCCAGCAUUCAACACUUUGAAGCCUCUUAAACCAGAAAAGCCUGCAUCACAUCCUAGCUUGCAAAUAUUACAAUAUGGCAGUGUGCCAAGCAACCUUGCUGAGGGUAACUAUGAACUUGUCAGCCAGACUGUAAAUCAACCAAGUGGUGUGCAGCCUCCGCAUGUCGACAUCUCUGUGGUCCGGCCCAGCAAUCAACUUAUUCAACAGGCAGUGGACACCUCUGUGGCCCAGGCCUCCAGCCAGCAGCUAGUUCAGACAAGCCAAUCUAUUUCCCAGUCAGAUGACCAACAACCACUACAUGGUAGUUUUGUCUUUACGGCUCAGCCCAGUGGCCUGACUCCUCUCAAGCCCCAAAAAGGCAGACCUCAGUUUGUGUCCCAGCUUCCAUCCAGGACAAGUACGCUCACUACACCGAGUUCUAGUCUUGUAGUGCAGUCCACUAGCCAAAUACCAGUACAAACAAACUACCAGUCUGGGCCCCAACCUGCUCUACAACUGCCAGUACAAGCAAGCUACCAAUCAGAGGCCCAGUCUGCUUUCCAAAGGCCAGGACAAACCAGCUACCUGUCUGUACCCCAAAUUGUCGUCCAACCAGCACAAAUCAGCUACCAGUCUGUAGCCCAACCGACUGUUCAACAAGCAGAAGCCAGCUAUCAAUCGGUGUCUCUUUCCAAUGGUAAGCAACUGGUACAGGUCGGAUCCCAAUCAGAGGCCCAGCCAGGACCUAUCAGCUACCAGUUUGUGGCCGAGCCCGGCCUCCAACAGCCAGCACAUGUCAGCUUAUCUGUAGCCCAACCGAUCAGCCAGCAAGCAGGACUAUCCACCUAUGAGUAUGUUGUCGAGCAGAGUGGGAAACCCCUUUUCAGGCCAGUGCAGUCUCAUGCGGUUCACCAGAUCGGCUCCAAGCUUUAUUCAUGCCAAGAGUUACCUCGACAUGGUUACCAGUCGAGUUUUCGGUUUCCACAUAGAACCAAUCUUCCAGCCUUAUCUGUGCACACCAAACCUGUUGUACAGUUCGGCCACCAGGCACCUGUGAAGCCUAACCAUCCCAGACCCCUCACAUCAACUCUCCAAUCCAUUUUAACACCAGAUCAAGUGCUAUCUGUCCAGCAGUCUCCAUCUCGGCCAAGCUACACUCCCCAAGCUUUGCUAGUGGAACCCAUGUACCAGCCCCUGGCACCGUCAAGUUCAGAGACCAUCUCUCUUGCUGAAUAUCAGAUAUCUCCUGUUCCAGGGCAGUUUGUUUCCCAGCCUCAAAUGCUGCCCAUUAGUCAGUCUCUCACUCAGUCCAGCUCCUCUUCCUCCGGCGUGCCAGUGCAGUCCAGCUACCAGCCUCUGGUACUAACAAGUUAUGAGACCGUCUUGCAGCCUGGAUUUCAGACCUCUUCAGUGCUUGUGCCAUCAAGUUACCAGUCAACAAGUUCCCAAGCAUUGAGCAGUCCGGUAGUGUCAAACCAUGAGUCUGUGUUUCAGUCAAUUCAACCUGAGCUUGUAUCUCCACUACAGGUGGAUUAUCAGUCUGUCACCGGUCAAAAUGCUCCUGGACCUGCUCAAAAUAGUAGGCCUUCAUCCCAGAACUUGUUCAGGCUGUUACAGCAAGUGAAGUCCUAGAUGCUACUUCUGGUUCCUGAGUCAUGUUUGCUUUCUGAUGUCAAUAAAAUGUGAUUUAAAUGUU